AUGGCACAGCAAAAUAAUACGUACUUCGGCGUUCUGGAACCUUUCGAUGGCGGGGAUUUUAUAGAUUACAGUGAGAGACUGAAUGCAUAUUUUAUUGCAAAUAACAUUGGCCAAGUCGCAGCAGAUGCAAAUGAAGCUGCAAAACAAGCUGCAGACAAAAGGAAAGUCGCCGUAACUACUUCGGUGAUGGGGAAAAGCACAUACAGUACAUUGAAAGAUCUCUGCCUCCCUGAUUUACCAGCUGAAAAGUCGUACGAAGAAAUUAUUACAAUACUCAAAGGAUUUUACAAACCGAAAGUACUCGAAGUCGCAGAGACAUACCGAUUUCAUCAAGCAGUUCAAACGGAAAGCGAAAGUGUAGCUCAAUAUGCAAACUGAAACGUUUAGCUGUUCAUUGCAAUUUUGGCACCUAUCUUACAAGGGCAUUACGAGAUCAAUUUGUUGGGGGCGUUCGAAGUAGAAGUACUAGAAAGAAACUUCUUUCUGAAGACAGGACAUUUGAUCAAGCAGUAAAGGUUGCCCAAGCGGAUGAGCUAGCAGAGAAAGAAUCGAAAGAAAUGCUUCUCAGUGCUGAAAGAACGGACACCACACAAGCCCACAGUAUAUCAAACAAGAGGAAAUAUCAUUUCAAAGGCGGGGAUGCAAACAAGGCAAAACCUUUUGAGCAAGGGAAAACUUGUUUCAGAUGUGGAUCUACACAACAUUUGGCAGACAAGUGCAGCCAUACCUAUACAACAUGUAACUAUUGUAAAAAGGCGGGACACUUGGCAAAAGUAUGUUUCAAGAAAAAGAAGGCAGAUAGCAAUGCCAAGGCACAUAACAUUGUAGCAACACAUACUGAUGAAUCUAGUGACAGUGACAGUGAUAUGAAUUCUGUCAACGGUACACCAGUAACUAUUUUUAUGCAGAAUAUAAAUUCUGUGGGACAGAAAUCAGAAAUAUCGCCACAAUACAAAUUGGGAGUGAAUAUUAAUGGUCAAGAAGUCUCCAUGGAAAUUGACACUGGAAGUUCAGUAACAUUAUUAAAUUCUGGUGAUUUUGAAAGAAUGGGUGGUGACACAAAUGUUUUGAAACCUUCUACAGUGGUACUUAAAAGUUAUACGGGAAAUGAAAUCAAGUGCUAUGGAGAAGACAACAUGAAAGUCAAAGUGGGAGAACAAGUAAGUGACAUAAAAAUUCGAGUGGUUGAAGGACCAUCACUACUAGGACGUGAUAUUAUGACUAAAUUUAGACUACCGUGGCACAACAUUUUCAGUAUUGUUCCUACCACUGCAGAGGAUAUUAUACAACAAUAUCAUGAACUGUUCGAUGAAAGAAGAGUAGGAAAACUGAAGGGGGUACAAGUGUCAUUAAGAGUAAAUGAUGAUAACCCUGUGUUUAUGAAACCCAGAGUGGUACCUUUUGCAAUUCGGAAAAAAUAUGAAGAAGCAUUAGAGAAACUAGUCCAGGGUGAUAUUAUUGAAAAAGUAGAGCACUCGGAGUGGGCUUCACCGACGGUUCCUAUGAUUAAGCCUGAUGGCAAUGUAAGGAUCUGUGGAGAUUAUUCUGGAACAAAUAAACAGGCAGCUACAUUAGAACAAUAUCCAGUACCUACAUUUGAAGAGUUACUAAGCAACCUUUCAGGGGGAACGAAAUUUACGAAACUUGAUCUUUCACAGGCAUACCAUCCAUUAGAACUCACCCUUGAAAGUAGGAAGUACACAACAAUAAAUACGCAUCAUGGGUUAUGCCAGUACAAACGAUUAAUUUUUGGGGUAAACAGUGCGGUGUCCAUCUUCCAACGUACCAUAGAAAAUGUACUCAAAGGUCUUCCAGGAUGCUGCGUUCGGAUUGAUGAUAUUUUGGUAACAGGGAAAACUGAUGAGAUUCAUAUGGAGAAUUUGCAUCGUGUUCUGCAAAGAUUACUAGAGAGCGGGCUUAAACUCAAGCGUGAGAAAUUCCAUUUCAUGCUCGGGGAAGUUAUUUAUUUGGGAAUGUCAAUCUCGGAAGCCGGCAUUUCACCAACAGAGGAGGAAGUGCAAGCCAUCAAAGAUGCCGCACCUCCGGCAAACGUUUCUGAGUUGCAAUCUUUUAUUGGUACAGCAAAUUUCCUGCGUAAGUUUGUGCGAGGGUUCGCAGAAAUUAUGACACCUUUGUACAAAUUACUUCGGAAAGGAACUCCAUGGAAAUGGAGUAAAACUGAACAGGAAGCAUUUACCACUAUCAAGUCGGCAUUGUGUUGAGUUUGUGUUCGGAUUCUAUAUUAAGACAUUACGACCCAGCUGCUGAGUUGGUACUCUAGUGUGAUGCAUCUUCUAUAGGAGUUGGAGCUGUACUGCUCCAGCCUGGUCAUGAUGGCGCAUUACAACCAGUAGCAUACGCUUCUAGAACUCUUAAUGCAGCUGAGAAAAAUUACGCUCAAAUUGAACGUGAAUCGUUAGCAAUUGUAUUUGGAGUUACAAAAUUCCGUCAGUAUUUACUUGGCAGACAUUUUAAACUCCUAACAGAUCAUAAACCGUUGAUAACCUUACUGGGGGAACAUAAGUCAGUUCCACAGUUAGCGUCGGCACGGAUUAAGAGAUGGUCCCUUCUUCUGGCAGCAUACAACUACACGAUUGAGUUUAUUUCUGGAAAAGAAAAUGUCUAUGCAGACUUUCUUUCAAGGAAACCUAUUAACAUACAACCAACUCCGGAGGAACAGGUAGAGGUUAGAGUCAUGUUUAUUGAAGGAGAACAAAUUGUUAAUUCCACAAUGGUUGCCAUGGAAACUAAGAAAGAUCCAGUCUUAAGUAACGUACUAGAUUUUACGAAGAAUGGGUGGCCAGAAAAACCACAACCUGAAUUACAACUUUAUCAUACUAGGCGAUUAGAAUUAUCACAUGAAGAUGGAAUUUUGUUAUGGGACACUCGAGUUGCAAUUCCAGAAUCAUUACGCGAUAUUCUACUGAAGGAUUUACAUGCCGAACAUUUCGGAAUAGUGAAGAUGAAACAAUUGGCGCGUAAAUACCUAUGGUGGCCUAAACUUGACAAAGAAAUCGAAGAAACAGUUAAGUCUUGUAUGGCAUGUCAGGAAGAAGCCAAAUCACCAAAUGCAUCUCAACAAGCAUCAUGGUCUUGGCCUGGAGGCCCUUGGAAGCGUAUUCAUAUAGAUUACGCAGGUCCAUAUCUAGGGAAAAUGUUCUUAGUCGUUGUCGACGCCUAUUCCAAGUAUCUUGAGAUUGUCCCAAUGUCUAAUGCUACUUCAACUACCACCAUAACAGCUUUACGACAUAUUUUCAGCAAUUUUGGACUACUUGAACACAUUGUUUCAGAUAAUGGUAGCCAAUUUACCAGUGAGGAGUUUCAGAAAUUUCUGAACGAUAACAAUAUUCAACAUACUACAACCGCUCCAGGACAUCCUGCAACGAAUGGAUUGGCAGAAAGGUAUGUGGGAAAUUUUAAAGAUAAACUAAAGAAAAUGGGGGACACAGGAAAGCCAUUGCAGACAAAACUAGACCGGUUUUUGCUGACGUACAGAGCUACCCCUACAGGUUUAGGAAAGUCACCAUCAGAGUUGCUAAUGAACAGGCAACCACGGAUCCGAUUGAGUGCGCUUAGGGCGAAACAAUCGAAAAAUGAAGUCAAAAUAUUUCAAGAUAAUCUAGAUAAUCAACCAAAGUACAGUCAAAAUCAAGCAGUAUUCGCACGAAAUUUUGGCAAAGGAGCACGAUGGCUUCCAGGGGUUAUAGUAAAGAUAAUUAGUCCUAGAAAUUAUGACGUGAAAGUGGGGGAUGUUAUGUGGAAACGACAUGAAGAGCAAUUGCGUCCACGACACAUACCUAGUUUUGAAAACGCGGAACAAGCGAAGUCCGAGAUGGAACAAAAUUUGUUCCCAGAAACGAAGACAGAAACAAACAAAAGAGAAACGAUUCCUGCACACACGGAGGAUAGGGUACCUGCAGUACCAAGUGGGGUUACGAACGAGUUCGAUACGUUCACCCCAGUUAACACGAAAAGUAAAGAUCGGGACUGUGGGGAACUUACUAGUAAAAUGGACUCACUUAUUAACGUUACACCAAGCGAGUCCACAAGAAGGUAUCCUUUACGCGAGCGUAAACCUCCUAAAAGGUUUACUGAAUAG